UCACUUACUUGAGCAUGACCCAACAAUGAAUCCUGGUAACCAGGCAGUCAACUGCCUACAUCCAGCCAAGCAGGCUCACUAGGCUGAGACCCUAGAGAGAGCAGGAUGUUCUCUUGCUGUUUUAAGAUUGCUAGAGGCACAGGCGUCAAGAAGGACAAGAGUGGAGGUCAUGGUGGUGCCUGGAGACACAGGAUUCACUCCUGCCUCCAACGCCUCUGGCCAUUUUCCCGGAAGGAAGCAGACUUGACCCAGGGCAGCCAGGACCAAGGCCACACUGAGAAGGCUAAGGAGGAUUCUGCCCCAAAGGACCAGAAGGAGCCCUGUGGAGAGUCCCGCAUCAGUGCAGAUGUGGUGGAAAAGCUAGUGAACCACCUGGUGCCUUCCCUGCAGGCUGGGGACACCUUCUUUGUCCCUGCCUUCCUGUGUACAUACCGAAGGUUUGCCACCACCCAGCAGGUGCUGGACCUGCUGUUCAAGCGCUAUUCAUACUUCCGUCCUUAUUGUGAAGAGGAUGAACAAGCAAAGAACACCCUCUGUUCCUUCCUGGACACAUGGAUAGAUAAGAACCCUGAGGAGUUUUGUCAGACCUCAGACCUCUCCAUUCUGAGGAAGCUGAAGACCUACUUGAUUUUGAACAUGCCAUAUUCGGACCUUAUUGUUCGUGUUCAUAUGCUCCUGACUGACUUGCAGCAAGAAGAGGCCAGUGAGUCAGAGAUAGAGGAUGAUGAAGAUGAAGAAGACUCAGGUAGUUGCUUGAAACCGUGUAUGUGA